ACAGCCUUGCAUGUUCAAUCCGUGACAGUCCAAGUCCGGUGCAAUCCAGUCCUUUCGCGUCGCGACUGAAAGAGUACAUCGAGAGUAAACACAGCAGGUCGCAGCAGUACAGAGUCUGUCUGCAGGAUGCCGAACAUCAUCAACGAGAUCAAGCUCGACUUCAAAGACGUCCUGCUGAAGCCUAAAAGAUCCACACUGCGGAGCCGCAACGAUGUGAAUCUAUUCAGGUCAAUUACAUUCAGGAAUUCGAAGAGGACGUACGAAGGCAUUCCGGUGAUGGCGUCCAACAUGGAUACUGUGGGAACGUUCGAGAUGGCCAAGGCCCUCUCUAAGCACGGCCUCUUCACGACCAUCCACAAAUACUACAGCCUGGAUCAAUGGAAGAAGUUCGCCGACGAGAACCCCGAUUGUCUGAAGAACAUCGCCUGCAGCUCGGGAAUGGCAGCGAUGGACUUUGAGAAACUCUCCGAAGUGUUGAACGCCAUCCCGGACAUCUCCUUCAUCUGCUUGGACGUAGCGAACGGAUACUCGCAGCACUUUGUCGAGUUUGUGAGGAAGGUGCGAGCAGCUUUUCCCACGCACACCAUAAUCGCAGGAAACGUUGUGACUGGAGAGAUGGUGGAGGAGCUGAUACUCUCCGGGGCGGACAUCAUCAAAGUCGGUAUCGGUCCAGGAUCUGUCUGCACAACCAGACUGAAGACAGGAGUGGGCUACCCUCAGCUGUCUGCAGUCAUCGAGUGUGCUGACGCUGCCCACGGCCUCCAAGGACACAUUAUUUCCGACGGCGGUUGCACGUGCGCCGGCGACGUGGCCAAAGCCUUCGGGGCGGGCGCCGACUUCGUCAUGGCAGGAGGAAUGUUUGCUGGUCACGACCAAUGCAGCGGUGAACUCAUCGAGAAGGAUGGCAAAAAGUUCAAACUGUUUUACGGGAUGUCUUCCAGCACGGCGAUGGAAAAACAUGCAGGUAAAGUCGCAGAGUACAGAUCGUCAGAAGGAAAGACUGUAGAGGUUCCCUACAGAGGUGACGUAGAGGCUACAGUAUUGGAUGUUCUUGGUGGCCUCAGGAGCGCCUGCACUUACACCGGCGCUGGCAAACUGAAAGAGCUUCCGAGGAGGGCGACCUUCAUCCGAUGCACCCAACAAUUAAACACAAUUUACAGCUAGUCACAAACUGGAGCACAAUUAUUAUAUGAUCAACGCGGGGAGGGUUGAAAGACUAUUUAUUAAAAACGCGAUCGCACACAACUUUUAUUUCCUCUCCAUUCAAUUGAAACGAAUUACUUAUUAAUGCAGAAGAGAUCGCUAACGGAAAAACACCAACUUCAGGGAUUAUUCUUGUAUUGUUUUAAUUAUUUAUUUAAGAUGGAUGCGUGAUAGAUUGAUUCAUUUGUUUCUUUUGAUUGAUUAAAUUGAUUAUUUUGUGAACGUUAAAGCGAGAUUUAGUGUGAUUCAACUACAGAAGAAAUAAAGAUAUAUAAAUAACCUGAUAA